UCUGUUUAAUUAACAAACAUUUACAGAAAUAGACUAGUGAUAUAUAGAGGCCAACAAUACCGCCCUAUGUAAAUCAAGGCUCCAGCAUUGUCCGACCCAGGACCCACAGCUCUGAGAGAUUCUGUGUGACUUGUGACCCGGAGACAGCGGCUCAGUAACAUGGAAGUCCGAAUACAAUACACCCAACACCACAGUUAACCUCGUCAACAGCGGACCUAACACGUGAUAGUUCACCAGGAAAUAUCAACUGUAAACUAAACAAUGCUUUAAGUCUUUAAUGUGACGGAAUUCACAGAAAUGUGGAAUAUUGUGAUACGUGGACCCCGUUCAAUUCGUCAUGAAGUUUAUGGUAAUCAUAUGUGGUAUUGACAGCAAGUUGACAAGACGCGUUAUGACAAAUUGAUUCUUCAGUCUAUAUUCAAGUGUAUCGAUUUUAUGUAAAUGCGUAUCACAAUAUAUCAAGUAUGUUAUUUCUUUGGCGAGAUAUUGACUAGAAAUGUUCAAGUGUAACAUGACCUUGUCCGUUAAACUAUUUAACAGGACCUGUGUUUCCAUACCAGAAGGAUAUUAGUCUCGACCAGGCCCUCUAUAAAACACCAGCGGCCAUAGAAAACACAUUGGCGAAGAGACAUGUGUUUUACGUCUUUAGUACACUCCUAAUUGAUAAACGAAAUUGGUUUAAUCUAAUCAACCAAACAUUGAACAGAUCGCAAUAGCAAUGCGUCAUAUGUGACAAGUGUUUGCAUCAGGAAUUUACACCAGAAACAGAUCGCGUGUGAUACCAAAAGAAAACCAUCAAUUGGAGUAUUGUCGAGGCGGUACCGGGGUGUUUAUUGUAGAACUAAAAUAGAAGUUUCGUGUAAGAGAUAAGGAGAUCCAGGAUUAUUCGACAUAUUUUGUGUGAGGUACAGGGCACUUUACACAGGGACAUGUUUAUACCCUGGCACCACUAGUUACAGGAACUACAGUUUUACCUGACAGAGAUACCUAUCAUGACGUAACGUACAGUUCUGGAGUAUGACAUCAUAUCACGGAUAUGUGAUCCUUUGGACUCUACUAUUGCCCAUAGUAUCGGUACAAAGUCUGGAAUGCUGGAAGUGUAUAUCGGACGACUGUGACGGAAACCCCGAGCUCAACUACAAAGCCAGGAAAACGACUUGUGGAGAGGAAGCCUCUUGCAUGAAAGUCCGGUACAAGAUGUACUACAACCUGACAAAAACAGUUUUCGACUCCAUCAUUCGCACGUGCUCCUCAGGUGAAUGUAAACCCGUCACAGAGCGUGACUUCGCCCACUGUCUCACGGAUGAUCGGGUCUACAUGGUCACGGGGUGUUCACUUAGAACAUGCUGUAAUGACAAAAACUACUGCAAUUCCGGAAACAUCGACCAGCCUCGGAUCCAGUUAAUAUGUGUCGCUUUAUCAGUCACGUGUUUAAUCUGGGCCAUGUUACUCUGAUUUUUGUAUCAUUAAUGCUUGUCCUAGCGAUGCACGUCAUGUUGUAAAUUGAACAAGCACUUGUGCUUCACGUUGUAAUUCUCUUCACAAUGUGGAAUGAACCAUAUGAUAUUAUGGGGUGUUACUGGUAACGUGACGUGUCUGUUACAAUGAACACUCCGAGACAUCCGUGGGAUUAUUCACAUCUUACAUACAUCACUUGUUACGGUCGCUUACAUUGGUCAGUACUAAAAAAAAACGUUGUAUAUUUAUGUACAUAUGUAUUUAAAUUGAAUGAAAAUGUUGAUAUUUUAAUGGAUUAAAACAGUUUUUAUUGAU